UCGCAAAAAGUGGUGAAAAGUUUUCAGACCCCCUCCUCUAUGUUUUUGUUGGGGGAAAAGUUGUCGGUAGUUAGAUCGUGUGAAUGUAGCGUGUCCGUCGGUUUUCGCCCCUCGGUAAGGGGUCUACGCGAUUUUUGUAAUUUGUGAAGCCGGUUCGCGAGUUUUAACGGGGUUUUCUUUACGCUUUUACGUGCGCUGGCUCGGACCGAAAAUCUCAGUGGCCAUCAUCGUUUCACCUCUGCCGUCUCGUUAGCCACCUAGCCGCUAGCACAUCCAACAAAGUUAACGCUACCUCGCUACUUACGUUUGUUUCUCGUGGUUACUGGUUAAAAAGCAUCCGUGGAAAUGGCCGAAACCAAAAUAAUUUAUCAUAUCGACGAAGAGGAAACGCCGUACUUGGUGAAGAUUCCCAUUGCUGCCGAAAACAUCACUUUGCUGGAUUUUAAACAAGUGUUGAACAAGCCAAACUACAAAUUCUUUUUCAAGUCUAUGGACCAAGACUUUGGAGUGGUCAAAGAAGAAAUCUCAGACGACGCUGCCAAGUUGCCCUGUUUCAAUGGGAGAGUGGUGUCAUGGCUGGUAUCGUCGGAUGGCCCCGGUGGAGAUGCCCCUGUCCCAGUGGUCCCUCCUGUGGAAACGCCCCCACAGCCCUCUCCCCCGCCCCCUCCACUGCCCCCGCCCCCCGUCGAAAGGACCGGGGGCAUCGGAGACUCCAGACCCCCCUCCUUCCACCCAAAUGCAACUGGAAGUGUAGAGACUUUGGACGACCAGACUGAAACAGAGUCUGUAGUUUCGUUUAGAAGAGAGAGGCCAAGACACAGAGAAAGCAUGGAUCCUCACGGGCCCAGAAUGAAUGGGCAAAGUCGAAUGGAGCGCCACCUAGCGGGGUAUGAGAGCUCGAGCACAAUGAUGAGCAGUGAGCUGGAAACGACAAGCUUCUGUGACUCCGAUGACGAUGAUACCAUGAGCAGGUUUAGCAGUGCAACAGAGCAGAGCACCGCCUCACGGCUUCUCAAGCGCCACCGCCGACGUAGGAAACAGCGCCCCCCGCGUUUAGAACGAGCCUCUUCCUUCAGUAGUGUGACAGACUCGACAAUGUCUCUGAACAUAAUCACUGUAACUCUUAAUAUGGAAAAGUACAACUUCCUCGGAAUCAGCAUCGUUGGUCAGAGUAAUGAACGGGGAGAUGGGGGCAUUUACAUCGGCUCGAUCAUGAAGGGAGGGGCUGUGGCUGCAGACGGACGCAUUGAGCCUGGAGACAUGUUGCUACAAGUCAACGAUAUCAACUUUGAGAAUAUGAGUAAUGAUGAUGCCGUGCGCGUUCUGAGGGAGAUUGUGCACAAACCAGGACCCAUUAUUCUCACAGUGGCCAAGUGCUGGGACCCCUCUCCACAGGGCUACUUUACUUUGCCACGCAGUGCAGAUGAGCCAAUCCGACCCAUAGAUCCUGCAGCGUGGGUCAGUCACUCUGUGGCUAUGACCGGGGCCUAUCCUCCCUAUCCAGGCAGCUCCUCCCUCAGCACCAUCACCUCCUCCUCCUCCGUCACAGAGACUGAACGUUUUGAUGACUUUAACUUGUCAUUGCAUUCUGAUAUGGCCUCAGUUGCCAAAGCUAUGGCUUCUCCAGAGUCUGGUUUGGAGGUCAGGGAUCGCAUGUGGCUGAAAAUCACUAUUCCCAAUGCUUUUCUUGGGUCAGAUGUGGUGGAAUGGCUUUUCCACCACAUUGAAGGAUUCACAGAUCGUCGUGAAGCCAGGAAAUACGCCAGCAACCUCCUGAAGGCAGGCUUUAUCCGACACACAGUCAACAAGAUCACCUUCUCUGAACAAUGUUACUACGUCUUUGGAGACUUGAGUGACUGUGAGAACUAUAUGGCAAACCUGUCGCUAAAUGACAAUGACGGCUCCAGUGGAGCCUCAGAUCAGGACACCCUGGCCCCCCUGCCCCUCCCCGGGGCCUCCCCGUGGCCCAUGAUGCACACAUUCCCCUAUCAGCCGUACCCAACACACCCCUACUCCAGCCAGCCCCCACCCUACCAUGAGCUCACCAGCUACAGCUACGCCCCCGGCAGCACCGGCAGCCAACACAGUGAAGGCAGUCGAAGCAGUGGUUCGACUAGAAGUGAGGGAGAGCGACGGCGCAGCAGUAAAGGCCCUGGCAGCACCAUCGGUGGAGGGGAGAAGUCGCCCUCUGGUGGCCUCCCUGAUGGUUGCGGAGACUCCCGCUCGGGCAGUGGCAGUGAAUCUGAAUACUCCACACGCAGCAGCAUAAGGAGAGGUCAUGGGUCAGCUGCUCCCAGUGAACACAGCCACACCUCGCAGCGCUCCUCACACCAUCACCGUAUCCCCCAGGCACCCCACAUGUCCCCAUACCCACCAGGCAUCUUACCCUACAACCCCAUGAUGGUGAUGAUGGUACCCCAGCACCCCCAUCCUGCCAUGGCAACCGCACACGCUCUUCCGCAUGCGCAGCAGAUGCCGACAGCCUCCAUGCACCCUGCCUUACCCCCACCACCUUCCUCCACCCCAGGCGGACCCCCCGGAGCGCCUCCCACACGUGACCUGGGCUCUGUGCCCCCAGAACUGACCGCUUCUCGCCAGUCCUUCCACUUGGCCAUGGGUAACCCCAGCGAGUUCUUUGUGGAUGUCAUGUAGUGUUUUUGUAUUGUGUAAAAAGGCUAUUCAUGUGAAGUGUACGGCGCCUACAUACUUCUGGUUCUAACAAGGGCCUUUAAAAUUUAGGGCACUUGUUUAAAAAAGUAAUGAAUUUGGUAAAAACAGGGUUAAACACGAAAGGUAAAAUUGCAUUUCAUAUAGAAUGAGUUGGGUAUAAUUGAAGCAAAAUACUAAGUGCUAUUCAGACUUUAUACCAUGUAAACUAUGUUUGGUAUUUUCAGGCAGAAAUUUCAGCGCCUGUUUUUAAGCUGCUCUGCUCAGUUUAAAUUUUUAUUUCAGCCCCAGAAGCCACUAGUCUCAGAGCUGCCCAAAAGAGCAGUGCACAGUUAAACACUACCAGCCAUCAGCACGUACUUGAAAGGAUAAAAUCCUAAAACACAGCAGCAAUCAUGUACUUUUGAAUCCAGUGCCUUACUUUUACAAUUUAGGAUUUUUUACACUUUUGGUACAUAGACAUUAUGUUUGAUAAUGAACAUUUAUGUAUAUAUCAAUUUCUAUAUAAAUAAAGCUCUAAUGUGAAAAAAGAAAAUAGGUCCAACAGUCAGAUAAAGUCUUUAGUAAGACUUGGGCUGGUCAAAUAAACUUUGGGGAGAGCAUCUCGUCGGUAUUGGGCUGUAGUUUAACGGUACAUGUAGGCAACACUAAAGAGGUACUUGAUACAUAGCCUACAUGUAGAGUUACUGAUCCAAAUGACUAUGUUACUGACUAUUAUUCACCAAGUACAUUUUGUAUGAGUGUGUAUAAAUAAUCUAUAAUCAAACAUUUAAGGUGCUAAAUGAAGAGUCAUCAUUUCAAAAAGAAUGACAUUGUCUUGUCACUUUGUGUGAUUUCAUAUGGACACCUUUGCUUGUGUAGUUGACAAUAAACUGACAAUUUGAUACA